CUCACGCGCGACCCUCCACCCACCGAUCACACAGCACAAUCCCGAGGCCGCCCCAGAGAGCAGGGCAGAGCAUAGCCAUAGCAGAGCAGAGCACGCUUCUCCCAAACCCACCAGUCCACCACUGCACGCACUAAUCCGUCCAGGAAUUCACUCCACGGCACGGCGACGCGGGGACGCCAAGGCAAUAAGGCUUAAGGCCAGCGAGGCGUCGGCGGAGGCGCGGAGGGGACGGCGACAUGGGGGUGCUGCGGAGCACGCAGAGCCUGGAGGCCGAGGUGGAGGAGAUGCGCGCCGCGCUGCUGCUCCACGGCGCGUGGGCGUGGAGGCCCGGCGGCGGGGGUGCCGCCAAGCGCGCGGCCCGCGCCGCGGAGCCCGCCGGCGCGGAGGCGCGCACCGUGUGCGUCACGGGGGGCACGUCCUUCCUUGGCUUCGCCGUCGUCGACUGCCUGCUCCGCCACGGCUACGAUGUCCGCCUCGCCAUCGAGACGCAAGAGGACCUUGACAAGCUGCGGGAGAUGGAGAUGUUUGGGGAGAAUGGCAGGGACGGGGUCUGGACUGUGAUCGCAAAUGUGAUGGACCCGGAGAGCUUGCAUGAAGCUUUUGACGGCUGUGUUGGUGUCUUUCACACCUCGUCACUUGUGGAUCCAGGGGGCAUCUCCGGUUACACGAAACACAUGGCACGCUUGGAAGCCAAAGCAGCAGAGCAGGUGGUCGAAGCAUGUGUGAGGACAGAGUCCGUGAGGAAGUGCGUUCUCACGUCGUCACUGUUGGCAUGUGUGUGGAGGCAAAACUACCCUCAUGACCGCCGGUUCCCAACCACCAUUGAUGAGAACUGUUGGAGCGAUGAGAGCUUCUGCCGGGACAACAAGCUAUGGCUGUCACUUGGCAAGACGAUGGCGGAAAAGGCGGCAUGGAGGGCAGCACGGGGGACAGACCUGAAGCUAGUGACCAUAUGCCCUGCACUUGUAACCGGGCCAGGAUUCCGGAGGCGGAACCCUACUCCAUCCAUUGCCUACCUCAAAGGAGCGCAUGCCAUGCUCGCCGAAGGCCUGCUGGCGACAGCGAACGUGGAAAGAGUGGCUGAGGCGCACGUCCGCGUGUACGAGGAGAUGAGCGGCACGGCCGGGGGGCGGUACAUCUGCUACGACCACGUGGUCCGACGAGGCGAGGAGUUCGCGGAGCUGCAGCGGCAGCUGGGGCUCCCGGGCAGGGUUCCAGCGACGCCCGACGACGACGACCGGCCGCCGCGGUUCCAGCUCUGCAACAGGAAGCUGUCGGCGCUGAUGUCCGCGCGGAGGAGGUGCACCUACGACGCCUACUUCCCCGUGUUGUACGAGUGAAAACGGGUGAGGUGUCUGAUGGUGGAGGAGGAGAGCUGCUGAUGCUGGAGUGUGAGUGAAUGACCUUGUACAUAGUGUUAAUUGCAUCAAUAAAGCUUUUCUACUCGGUACGUAUUAGUAGAAUGUGUUGUACAGGGUACAGCCUGACAAACCGAGUGCGGUAGCACAGAACACUAGAACAGAGUGGCAGCACGAGUGACACGUCACAACGGACGUCAGAGCAUUGGAGGCAGACCAGCAAAAUUUUGGCCGAACAGAACAGAUCGACGGCACAAAAUGCAACGCAUAGCUAAGGCCUUGUUUACUUCUA